AUGAAGGUUACUCCAUCAGAGCGUCCGAGACACAAUGCAACUCUCAACAUAGCCACCGGAGAGCUUCCGAGGGAGGAGCGAGCAGCUCGGUCACGCCCAAACAGCUCGGCGCGUUUCGCUCUGUUGGAAUACCGUAACUCAUGCACAAGUUCGGCAGCAGCCGAGCAUUGCUUCAAGGCAUCGCGCCUGGUGUCGAUCAUUGGCUUCGGCGCAGGUCGACAAGCGAGCCAAGCACAUGCUCUCACGCUACUGCAGCUCACCAGCUCGCCAGAUCGCAAGACACUUUCGGGUCUGCAUCCUUCCGCACGGCCUUCUACGCUGCAGCGAAGCAUGUCGCUCAACCCUUGCUCAUCGUACCCCAAGAUUGUGCUUUAA